GGCGGGGAGCGGGGUUGCGGAGCUUGGACGCGGAAAACGUUUUCAGUUCCGUUGGUCCCACCUUAACGGAGAGAGCCGUGCCAGUGAGGACAUGAUGUCGAAGCGGGGGCAACUCUGGCUCAAACUUGGGCGAACCCUCAACUGCAACUUGGGUAUCUUUGGGAUGGGGUUGGUCAUGGCAUUAACAUCAGUGGCGCUCUUGGACUUGGCGGAGAUCUACGAAUCAGAUGUGAAGACCGUGUCCCACUUCAUCACCAUACGCUGCGUUGCUGAACUCCUGGGUUCAUUAAUCGGUGGGAAGUUGUACGACACUUACAACACGCAGGUUGUCACCAUCCUGACAAUGUUGAUGGCCUUCGGAACGGUGCUUUUGAUUCCCAUAAGUGGAACUCUCGCACUGGCGCUGGCCAUGGUGUUCAUUGGUGGACUCAGCUUUGGCGCCUUUGAUACAGGAGCCAACGUAUGGACCAUGCGGUUAUGGCCUGAAAAUAGCAACCCAGCGCUGCAAGUGUACCACCUGAGCUUCGGAAUAGGCUCCUUGGCUGCUCCACUGCUCGCCGAACCCUUCCUGUCUACGCUUGCCUCCUCAAGCUCCGAGCCCUUGGACGCCACAUUCAAUGAUACUGUUGACUUUCUGAACGACACCGUACACGUAUGGACCCAGAGAAAGAACGCUACCAGUAAAGAAUCCCGGAUCCAGUACGCGUUCGGAAUAGCAAGUGGAUUCUACCUCAUACCCCUAGUUUCUAUGAUUGCACUGUACCUUGUGGACAACGGUGACUUCAAACUCCAGGACACCACACCAACAGAAGUCUCAUCUGGCGAAAAAGAAGCAGCCGACAACGCUCGCUUUACCAGAGUCCUGUUGACGCUGCUGUGUGCCCACAUAAGCGUUUACGUUGCCCUGGAGUGCACAACAGGACAGAUGCUGACAGCGUACGCCGUCAAAUGUGACCUCCAUCUAACCAAGUCGUCGGCAUCCCAUCUGACAGCCGUCUAUUUCUCGUCCUUCGCGGCUAGCCGAAUCAUGGCCGCCAUAGUCACCCUCAAGGUCACCUCCUUCCAGAUGCUCGUGGUAUCGCACAUCAUUCUCGCGGUCGCCGCGACCCUUCUUCUCAUCUGGGGAUCCUCGUUGGAGAUCGUGCUUUGGGUGUCGGUCUCAUUGCUGGGAGUCGGCAAAGGGCCCGUAUACGGGGCUAUUGUGGCGUGGACAGCGUCUUACGUGGAAAUGAGUAACAGAAUGAUGUCGCUCAUAAUAGUGGCGGGGGUGGUGGGGGCCAUGUCACCACCUCUGCUUGUCGGACAGUUCCUUGACUACCAUCCGCCAGCGUACUUGUACGUCUGCUUCGCGACAGCAUGGCUGUCCAUCGUUCUUUUUAUGGUAAUGGCUUCGGUAGUAAGAAAACGGCCAACAGUGACCGCUAAAGAGAGCAAGUGUAGCACCGAAAGUCCUGAAUUAGGUACUGACCGGGUUUGCUUGUAG